ACCGCUGGAAGUCAGCAAAGAUGCAUAAACGCGUCUCCAAAUCGACGACGAAGAAGAAGAAGCCGCCGAUGAGCCAAAAGCUGCUGAGCUAACUUGGCCGCGAAAGUGAGAGGAGGGCUGCAGCCAGACUCUCUUGGGGAAAGUCGCUCAUUUCCCCCUCCGUACAUCGUUACUAGUGCCUCUUACGUUUUUGGUUUGCUAUUCCCUCCAGUCUGAGAGCCUCCUCACUUCCGAGCUAAGCGCGGCCUCGUAUUUGAAGGCUUUCCACCGGCUGGCUAGCUAGCUAGCUAGCUAGCCUUUAGCUGCAAACAAAGACUUGAGCGGCGGAUGCUAAGCGUUAAGUGGCCGCGAGUGCAAAAGUCUUCUUCUCACUCUUCGUGUGAUAUCAUUGUGAAAAUGUGCAAAGUGAAAAUGUUGAGGGCGCUGGUGAACCAGCGGCUGAGCGCGGCCGUAGAGGAAAUCUUUGAGGUGUUGGAGAGAACCAUAACAGAGUACGAGGAUGAACUUUCUCGAACAAAAGAGGAAAAUCUGCGACAGCGGCAACUGCUGGACGCCCUCAUGGACUCGAGCACAGCAGACGUCGGUCAAGAGGACGUUCCCUCCGAGCGGGAGGAGCGGAGCCCCGGCGAGGACCCGGACGAGCCCCGGCCGGACCGAGACGAGCGAGCGUGGGGCGCCCCCCCGCCGGAAGAAGAGGAAGAGGCGCCGGACGACGGCAAGGACCCGGCCCCCGCGGCAACGAAGCGCGAAGAAGACGACGACGCGCGGUCGGCCGUCAAAAUCCGCGCCACGGGUUACCGCGGCGACCGCGUGCGCUUCGACGCCAAACACUUCAAGUGUUCCUUGUGCGACUCCGCUUUUUUCAAGAUGUCCGACCUGCAGCGCCACAUGAUGAUCCACUCUGGAGAAAAACCUUUCAGCUGCACCGUGUGUCCCAAGCGCUUCAUCCGCAAGGCCCAUUUGGUUUACCACAUGAGGACGCACACGGGCGAGAAACCCUUCACGUGCUCCUUCUGCGGCAAACGCUUCUCCCUCAAAGGCAACUUGAUGCGACACGCCCGCAAGCACACGGGCGAGAAACCCUUCAAGUGCAGCGAGUGCGACGCCGGCUUCGGCGUACGCCCGGCCCUGAUCCAGCACAUGCGCUCGCACGCCGGCGAGAAACCCUUCAAGUGCUCCUUUUGCGGCGAAGGCUUCGCUCAGAAGGGCCAUCUGAUCGGACACGCCCGCGUCCACACCGGCGACGGGCCCUUCUCCUGCGACGCGCGCGGCCAGACGUUCUCCGUCAAAGGAACGCUCAACGCGCACGGUCUCGACGGCGACAAGUCUCUUAACUGCGACUCGUGCUCGGGCACGUUUGCGCUCAAGGAGCAACUCGAAAAACACGUGUGCGCCGGAGAGGGCGGCAGUGCGCAAACCCAUUUUGAGGAUUAAAUUUCACAGGAAAUUGAAUUCCUUGGUCUUUUUAGUAUGCGAAUGUUGUCUUAUUCUAUGUUUAUCCCACAGUUUGUAACCCUAAGGAGACUAGGAAGAUGCUAAAUAAAUGACCUAAAU